AUGAACGAUAGCUAGGAUGGGCAACUGAAUCAGCCUCUAUUUGAUUAGCAAACUUCCUACUAGGAUGGCAGGUUUAGUUUUAUAAAGGUCAAUGAUACAAUAUACUUGAAUUAAUAUAUCGACAGAGACUUCAAAUCUAGACCUAUGCCUAAUAGCAUCAGAUCCAACAGGAACAGAGCGAUUGUUAUGAUGUUCGUGCAGAUGAUUCUCUCUGUUAUAUCUUUGGUCCUCUACAUGAGAAGAAAGGUAUGUUUCAUAGAUUAAUCAUAUUAAAUAUUCUUAGAGCAGACCAAUCCUAGUAAUAAUAGUGAUUUCAUUCUUACUCUCACUGGCUGGGUUAUAUGGAAUAGUCAAAGUCAACACGAAUUUUCAUUUUUUGCAUGCCUUUUUUAAAUGUUUUUGUUCAAUUCUGGCUCAAAAAGUUCAAAUAAUUCUGAUGAAAGACUAGACGACACAUGGGUGCUACUGCUUACCUCUCUGCCAUUCUUAGGCAUAUUCAUAAUUGGAUGUCACUCAAUGUACCUACUGAAUCUUAUCUACGAUGAACUUAAAUUGAGAGCUGAUUAGGAAAAGAAUAACCAAAAAUAAUAGCCAAAGCAAAUUCAAUUCUCGGAGAUGAAUCCCAUUGUCUUAAAUUCAGUAGUGGCUUUAAAUCAACAGAACAUCUAGAAUAUUAAUCAUCCUGUACUAGGUGUUUCAUAUGGGGGUAUGUAGCAGAGAGAUAUUUACCAGCAAUUCAGAGAGAGAGAGGCUCAACAAGAAAUGCAUGUCCUGGCAAUUCCUGAGAAUAAUUUUGAUAACAAGUGUAUUAUAUGUUUGGAUAAGAAAAAGGACUCGGUGUUUUAUCCAUGUGGACAUGAAUGUGUUUGCAAUACAUGCGGAAAAGAAUUCAUGAAAAUAGUCAGAGAUAAGUUUUGCCCAAUGUGCAGAGAUAGAGUGAAAGAUUUAAUGAAGGUUUACAGAUGA